UAGGUUUAACACGGAUUGCAUUGCACAUGUGAAUGCAACGUUUGUAAACAGUCACACUAGACGUUAGAAAUGCCCAAAAAUAAGGGUGGGGGAGGUGGUGGAAAAGGCGCCAAAGGUGGCGGUGGUGAUGACGAUUCCACAAAGAAACAGGCCAAGGGUGGCAACUCCGUAAAGGUUCGUCAUAUCCUGUGUGAGAAGCAAUCAAAAUGUUUAGAAGCCUUGGAGAAAAUUAAAGGAGGAAUGAAAUUUAAUGAGGUUGCUGCACAGUAUAGUGAAGAUAAAGCCAGGUCAGGGGGUGACUUAGGCUGGAUGACCCGGGGCAGUAUGGUCGGACCGUUCCAGGACGCGGCCUUCGCUCUUCCUACAAGUUCACUCGCCAACCCUGUUUACACGGAUCCCCCGGUCAAAACAAAGUUUGGUUAUCACAUCAUUAUGGUGGAGGGCAAAAAGUGAAAAAAAAAAAAAAAAAAAAAAAAAAAAAACGGAGAGAGAUGUUUGUGUCAUUACAGACAGAAUGUGAAUCUAAGGAUCAUGUAAAAUUUAAUAUUAACUGUGAACUUUGUAAUUGAUUUUAAAAGUUUUUAUGACACAUAGGGGCCUAAAACUGAUUAUAAAAUUUGAUGUUUUUUUUUUUUAAAUCUAUAAAGGGAAUGUUAUAUUCUUACUGAAAGGUAGGCUGUGUUCCAAGAUUAUCUUGUGUUAUAAGUGUACAUGUUUGUUAUUUUUUUUUUUCAACAUAUACAAAUUGCUAGAAUCUUAACUGUAACAUUUAACUUUAUAAUGUUCCUAAAUACUUUCUAUAGGUAAUAUCUUUUUUAAUUUAAUAUGUUAAAUUCAUUGAUUUGUAAGAGUUUACAUUAUAUCUUGGGAUGCAAUAUUAAGAU